GUGGUGAAUGCAUGUGACGGCACUGGCAGAGGAAGUGCAGAUGACUCGACGACGCAGAUGACUAAAAUACGAUCCGUUCAGCUGAAUGAUUAGUUUGUCAUUUCCACCCAGAGUAAGUGUUGGAAACUCUUCUGUUUCUUCAGCUUCAUCAUGGAUGACACACAAACACCCCGAGAUGAAGAUUUUUCUCCAGGAUGCAGUUCAGUUGAUCAGAAGAGAUCAGAAGCAGAGCCCAACUGUGUGUUUAUGAAGAGUGAUGAGCCUAUAGGUCAUCCACAACAUUUCAGUUCAGUUUAUCAGAAGAAAUCAAAACCAGAGCCCAUCUGUGUGUCUAUGAAGAGUAACGAUUCUAUGCCUUAUCCAGUUCAUUUUAAGAGUGAUGACACAAGGUUUAACCUCAAGUCAGUCCUGCCACACAGAUCAGCUGAAACAAAACCCUUCUGUAAGAAAUAUGACCAGUCUAUGAAUCAACCACAAAACAGCAUGUAUCCUGGUGUAAGCCAUGAAAUUCUCAGCAUAUUUAGAUCAAAUCUGAUGAAGAAGUUUGAGCGUCUGUAUGAGGGAACAGUGACGCAGGGAAACCCAACACUCCUGAAUGAGAUCUACACAGAGCUCUACAUCACAGAGAGUGAGAGUGGAGAGAUCAGUAAUGAGCAUGAGGUGAGACAGAUUGAGACACAAUCCAGGAGAGCAGCAACAGAGGACACAGCCAUCAAAUGUAAUGACAUCUUUAGACCUUUACCUGGACAAGACAAAGCCAUCAGAACUGUGCUGAUAAAAGGGGUUGCUGGCAUUGGAAAAACAGUCUCUGUGCAGAAGUUCAUCCUGGACUGGGCUGAAGGGAAAGAGAAUCAGGACAUCCAGCUCAUAUUUCCACUUCCUUUCAGAGAAAUCAACUUGAUGAAGGACAAAACACUCAGCCUUUCAGAUCUUCUUCAUGACUUUUUCCCUGAAACUAAAGAAAUGGAAAUAACCAGUGAUCAGUAUAAAGUGCUGUUCAUCUUUGAUGGUCUGGAUGAGUGUCGUCUGUCUCUGGAUUUUAAGAGUAAAGUGAAACUGUGUAAUAUAUCUGAAUCAGCCUCAGUGGAUGUGCUGCUGACGAACCUCAUUGUGGGGAGUCUGCUUCCCUCUGCCCUCAUCUGGAUCACCUCCAGACCAGCAGCAGCUGAUCUCGUCCCCUCUGAGUGUGUCCAUCGAAUGACAGAGGUACGAGGCUUCAGUGAGCCACAGAAGGAGGAAUACUUCAGGAAGAGAAUCAGUGAUCAGAGUCUGGCCAACAGGAUCAUCUCACACCUGAAAUCAUCAAGGAGCCUCUACAUCAUGUGCCACAUCCCAGUUUUCUGCUGGAUCUCAGCCACUGUUUUAAAGAAGAUGUUUAGUCAAGCAGAGAGUGGAGAGAUUCCCAAGACUCUCACUCAAAUGUACACACACUUCCUGAUCCUACAGACUAACAUCAAAUGUGAGAAGGACUAUGAGAAGAAGGUGACAGAUGAAGACAUGAUUCUCAAACUGGGCAAACUGGCAUUCCAGCAGCUUGUGAAAGGCAACCUGAUCUUCUAUGAGGAAGACCUGAGAGAGUGUGGCAUUGAUGUGACAGAAGCAUCAGUGUACUCAGGAUUGUGCACUCAGAUCUUCAGAGAGGAGUUUGGCUUGUAUCAGGGGAAAGUCUUCUGCUUUGUUCAUCUGAGCAUUCAGGAACAUCUAGCAGCUCUAUAUGUGCACCUCUCCUGGACAAACCACAACACAAAUGUGUUUGGCCAGAGUUUGUGGUUUAAAAUUAAGGACUGGUUUCAACUCAUGUUUAAAAAUGUUUCAUUAUCUGAGCUGCAUCAGAGAGCUGUGGAUGAGGCUCUACAGAGUAAAAAUGGACAUCUGGAUCUUUUCCUGCGGUUCCUUCUGGGUUUGUCAGCGGAGUCACAUCAGAUUCUCCUACAACAAACAAUGACGCUGAAAAGAAGCAGAUCUGACAGCAAUCAGAAAACUGUUGAGUACAUCAAGAAGAAAAUCAGAACCAUUGACUCUUCAGAGAAGUACAUCAAUCUGUUUCACUGUCUGAAUGAACUGGGUGAUCAUUCAGUAGUGAAGGAAAUACAACAGUAUCUGAAAUCUGGAAGAAUAAAGGAAGCCAAAUUUUCUUCAUCUCAGUGGUCAGCUGUAGUUUUUGUGUUGUUGACAUCUGAAGAGGAACUGAAUGAGUUUCGUCUUGAUACAUUUGUCAAUGGAAUGAACAAACAUGAAAAUAUGAAAGUUCUUCAGAAGUUGCUGCCUGUGAUUAAAGAAUCCAGAUCAGUUCAGUUGAGUAAGUGUGGUGUCACAGAUGAAGGUUGUGCCGCUCUGGCUUCAGCUCUGAGAUCAAACCCCUCACACCUGACACAACUGGAUCUAUCCGAGAAUAAACUAGGAGAUUCAGGGAAGCUGCUUUCUGAUGUACUACAGAAUCCACACUGUAAACUGGAGAAACUGUGGUUGUAUAAUUGUGGUGUCACAGAUGAAGGUUGUGCUGCUCUGGCUUUAGCUCUGAGAUCAAACCCCUCACACCUGACACAACUGGAUCUGUCUGAGAAUAAACUGGGAGAUUCAGUGAAGCUGCUUUCUGAUGUACUGGAGGAUCCUCAAUGCAAACUGGAGAAACUGUGGUUGAGAUGUUGUGGUGUCACAGAUGAAGGUUGUGCUGCUCUGGCUUCAGCUCUGAGAUCAAACCCCUCACACCUGACAGAACUGAAUCUGUCUGUGAAUAAACUAGGAGAUUCAGUGAAGCUGCUUUCUGAUGUACUGGAGGAUCAUCACUGUAAACUGGAGAAACUGUGGUUGAGAUGUUGUGGCAUCACAGAUGAAGGUUGUGCUGCUCUGGCUUCAGCUCUGAGAUCAAACCCCUCACACUUGACAGAACUGGAUCUGUCUGGGAAUAAACUAGGAGAUUCAGUGAAGCUGCUUUCUGCUGUACUACAAAAUCCUCAAUGUAAACUGGAGAAACUGGGGUUGAGUAACUGUGGUGUCACAGAUGGAGGUUGUGCUGCUCUGACUUCAGCUCUGAGAUCAAACCCCUCACACCUGACAGAACUGGAUCUGUCAUGGAAUAAACUAGGAGAUUCAGUGAAGCUGCUUUCUAAUGUACUACAGAAUCCUCACUGUAAACUGGAGAAACUGGGGUUGAGGGAUUGUGGUGUCACAGAUGAAGGUUGUGCUGCUCUGGCUUCAGCUCUGAGAUCAAACCCCUCACAUCUGACAGAACUGAUUCUGUCUGUGAAUAAACUAGGAGAUUCAGUGAAGCUGCUCUCUGCUGUACUGGAGGAUCCUCACUGUAAACUGGAAAAACUGAGGUUGUAUAAGUGCGGCAUCACAGAUGAAGGUUGUGCUGCUCUGGCUUCAGCUCUGAGAUCAAACCCCUCACACCUGACAGAACUGAAUCUGUCUGGGAAUGAUCUAGGAAAAUCAAAAGUGAAGUUAUUGUCUGAUCUGAAGGAUGAUCCACGUUGUAAACUGGAGAGAUUAUACUAUUGACUCUCAGUAUUGAGACGUCAGUCCAGUUUCCUCAGGAUCAGCUGAUGGUGAGUAAGGAGCCGCUACAGAGACGUCACAGUCACACAAUCAACACACAGAGACGCACAGCAUCACACUGUCUCGUGUGUGUGUGACAUCACGUCACUUUCUCCUUUUAUACUGGACCAUGAAAAUGAGUGACUGAAGAGAAUGAGCUGACUAUUGCAGCAGUGUAUGGUUUAAGGAUAAUGUAUAUUUACAAUGCAAUGCUAAUUGACAUUAUCUUAACUGUAUACAAUACUGUAAAAAAUUGAAUUUUCUGCCUCAUUCUGUGAUAAGAAGCCACCCCAGUUAUUUCAAACACUUAAUUGAUGCUAUAGCAUGAGUUUGGAGUAAAAAAAUAUGUUGUCACUGUCAUAUAUCAUUGUAGUUUGCUGUAUUAAGUAGUGAUAGGAGAAACAUAAUGCUAUCACUAAGAUUUCUAUAAUUAUCACGACAUAUCAUUAUCAUGAAUUCUUUUGGCCAUGAUAAUUUUGUAGUGUAAAAUCUGAUAUUGUGAUAGCUCUGUUUUCACAUCAGUCUUCACAUUAUUUUGCUGGUUUCUUGCAUUUUUCCUCCUUUCUCUGAACACAGUAAAUCACUAACUGCUAUGUUAACACAUAUGACUCUUGUAUGAUAUAGGGCUCCUCAAAAUCACGUUCACAGGGUUGUCACAAUCGCAAAAUCACAUUUGCACUAACUGCAAACAGUAAUCACAGAAUGUUUUUCUAAUGUUCUUAUAUGGUUUCAUUUUGGCUAUUUUUUGGGGAACCAAGUAAGAUUUUUAGGUUUUACAUGCAUAAACUAAAGGGAAUCUAUACAGAACGUGCCCCCAAGGUUAUUUUUAGGUUUUAUAUUUAAACCCAUGUAAUAACCAUUAACUAAAUUUUGCAAAAUGGCAUGACUGACAGUGUAAUACAGCAUUUAGCCUAAUAAAAUGUAGAACUCAGAUGACAAUGUAAGAUAAAGAUCGAUAAAUCCAUUUUUCCAGCAGGAUUUGGCACCUACCCACACUGAAAGUUGGUUAAAUGACCAUGGUGUUGGUGUGCAAACUCACCAGACCUGAACCCCAUAGAGGAUCUAUGGGGUAUUGUCAAGAGGAAAAUGAGAAACAAGAGUAGCAGAUGAGCUGAAGGUCACUGUCAAAGAAACCCGGGCUUCUAUACCACCUCAGCAGUGCCACAGACUGAUCACCUCCAUGCCAUGCCGAAUUGAGGCAGUAAUUAAAGCAAAAGGAGCCCCUACCAAGUAUUAAGUACAUAUACAGUAAAUUAACAUACUUUCCAGAAGGCCAACAGUUGCCUAAAAAUAUUUUUUUUAUUGGUCUGAUGAAGUAUUCUAAUUUGUUAAGGUAGUGAAUUGGUGGGUUUUUGUUAAAUGAGAGCCAAAAUCAUCACAAUUAAAAGAACCAAAGACUUAAACUACUUCAGUCUGUGUGCAUUGAAUUUAAUACACAAGUUUCACAAUUUUAGUUGAAUUACUGAAAUAAAAC